ACACUUUUAUAAGAACGCACAACGAACGGCGCGUCACUUUGCUUGGACUUUGCUGUGGAAGUUUAGAAUUUUGAUGAAAAAGUGUGCAGGGAAUGUGAUAAAAUAGUUCCUGAAGUAAACAAAGAGUGCAUUUAUCAUGAAUACAACCGCCAAACUCCAUGGUUCAACAUGACAACGUUAAGGGACCUCGUUUAUCUGCAAUUUUAUUGAUCGAGAAAAUCGGAUGAGUGAUUGGAAAUGGAUGGGUGCUGCCUAGUGAUUUUGCACAAAUCUAUUCGGUUAAGCCUUAUGCUAUCCGUUAUGAUUUCAGUUCCAGAUCCAAGAUGCUGUCGUCGUGAGAGUGGUUGACGGCUAGGCAUUUUGUCACAAAAUUUGGUGUUUCUUGGACGGACCGAGAAAUUAGAGAAAAGAUAUAUUAAAAUGGUAUUACUGGCCCAAGGGCCGUGGCCCUUUUAUACGAUUGAAUAUGUGCUUAGUUUGAAAAUAAACUCACAAGCGUUGUACAACCUAAAUCAGGGUUCCCAAAGUUUCAGUAUCGUCCAUUACCCGUUUCAUCGCGAGCCGAUAAACAGUAACUAUCAUCGAGAAAACAUCAGUCACUUGUUUGUCUUCGAGGAUUCGUAUUACUUUCCAGCAUCUUCAACAUUAGGAUUGGGCUUGCAUUAUUUGGAAGAGAUCCGGUGUCAAAGCUUGAUGGGCCCCCUAGUGGCGGAGGCUCCGCAUUCCUACACUGCAUGGAUUCAAUGAAACGCAACGAGGCAAACAACAGCAGCCACCAUCAAAGCAAGGUGGUCUUAAUGAAACAAGAAGCUGAUUCUAAAAACGAAACAGAUCUAUGCAAAAUCAGUGUCAGCGAAGUUAUAAGUCACGAACUAAAUAAUAGCUCUCGCGACAGUGCCAGUGCUAGAUGCAGCAGUAAGAGUGGAUGUAAAGGCCUCAAGAGCAGUUUUUGCAAUUCAGACGACGCAUCAGUGGUUGUACGUAAGAAUAACCACAUACAUAAAAUUCAGCAUCCGAAGGCAACGACAUCGAACUUGUUUGUUAAGGAAUCGGCGGACUCGACUAAUUCGCUGCCGGAAAAAGAUAUCAGCGACAUUAAAGAUUCAAACUUUGAUGACGACAAUGAAUGGGACGUAGGCAUUGGAGAUCUGAUCAUAGAUCUAGACGCUGAUAUUGAAAAAACUGGUUCAAAUCAUCUUCAGCAGCAGCAAGAACAACAGAAUUAUUUGAAUCAGUCACAGCAGCAGGUUGUCGAGAAAGCAGUUUCGAAAAACAUACACGCAUCUGCGUGUGCUGGAGGACUGACACUAACUGCGAACGAAAUUCUUGGAUGUUCAGACAUCCGGAAUGUUUCAAGCACUACGACAAAUAUUAACAAUUUGAGGUUCUUGAGUGCUGGUAAUUCGUUUUCUGAGGACAACAAUAUUGCGUCUUGUUCUGUUUCUACAAAUACGAGCAGUACUGAGGGGCAUCGUCACCGUCAUAAUCAUCAAAGCCACCACCAUCGAAAUAAAUAUCUAUCAUCUACCGGGAGCAGUGAAGGAGACUCAUUAUUCAAGACAAUUCAGCAGCCCGUUCGGAAUAGUCCAACGACAGCUACUAAAGUUGAUUGUCGUGCUAGUGACAGUGACGUAAAUACCGAAUCCAACUUGUCGCGAUCAGUUUUGGCAGAUAGUAAGAAGGAAGUGCCUAACGUUAACUCUGGUAUUGAACAGCAUAUAUGCUCCAGUGGAAGCGUUCGUGGUAAAAAUUCCGGGACGAGCCAAUCAAAAACUAGCAACGAAAUUAACCUCUGUAAUACCAUUAUCACAAUGUCUUCGACUGCGAGUAGUUCCAGCAGCAAGUCAACGACUAAGUUGUCUGUUGAUCAUCAAGCCACACUGGACAAAGGAUUAAAGAUGAAAAUAAAACGUACCAAACCGGGUACGAAAACAUCUGAAGCAAAGCAUGAAAUCGUUAAGUCUGACCAGAAUGGAACGACCCCAACUACUGCCACCCUCACAUGUAGUAGUGGAAGUUCGAGUUCCAGCGUUAGUUCUGUUUUGGGAAAUGCGUUAUCAUCGCAAACUACCUCAACUAGCGGCGUGAUGACUACAUCGUCGAGCACAACUCAAUCUUCACAAAGCAUUGUGACAAACAUAAACGUUAGUGCGACAACAAUUGCCGUAACACACUCAACGAAAGCUGCUGAUAAUACGGGUAUGGCUGCUGUACUCAACACAAGUAAUAACAAUAAUAAUAACAGCAACAUAAUCAGUAAUAUUGCACUCACUACUUCUAUCGGCAGUCCCAGUACAAAUGCAACCCACGUGCUAGGGCUAGGAGGGGUUGCAAUGGUUACUGGACAAAAUGUAAGUUGCAACAAUAAUGCAAAUGGAAAUACUGUUAAUAUUGGAACCGUAGGUGUUAGUACCAGUACAGGUGGCAACUGUAAUAUCAGUACAAAUAACAACAGCUGCCUAGUUGGAACAAAUAAUAGUAGCGGUAACAACAGUAAAAAGCAUUCAUCCCAAUCUACUUGUAAUAUUGCCAACGCAAACAGCAGCAUCAGCACCGUCGGUGUGAACAAUGCUAAUCAGCAGCAAACGAUUCACUGCUCGAGUUUGCAUACUUCGCAGCAGCAGUCUCAACUUCAAACCUCCAAUAAACGCAGUAACAGUAGUCACCGCAGAGAUAAAGGUAAAGAUAAGACUACACAUCACAAUCAGCGGGAUAAAAAUGAGCAGGGAUCACAACACCAGCAUCAACAACAACAGCCACAGCAGCAACACCAACAACAACAACACCAGCAGCAGGAACAACCACAAUUACAACAGCACCACCAACAACAGGAACAACAACAGCAGCAGCAGCAGCAGCAGCAGCAGCAGCAACAGGAACAGCAGCAGCAGCAUGAACAGCAACAGCAGCAGCUACAACAGGAACAGCAACAACAGGAGCAGCAACAACAAAAACAGCAGCUGCAACAGGAACAGCAGCAGCUGCAACCACAAGCACAGCCACAGCAGCAAUCACAUCACCAUCACCACCACAACAACUACCAACAUCACGUCUCAGAGGAUAUUGUUCCUAGCGGCAACAGCAAUCGUUCAUCCGCCAUUAGUACUAGCAGUUGCACUUGCUCUUCUUAUGGGGGUCAAGUGAAUGGUCUUCCCCAGCAACAGCAAUCACCUUGUUCCAGCACAUCUUGCAUUUACUCAAAAAGCAUGCUUAGUGAAGGUAGUGGUCCUAGUACCGAUGCAACGAUGAUUACGAAGCAGCGGUUAAGCAAAAUAGGUGGUAGCACAGGUACUAAUAGUAAUACUACACUAAUGACUGCCGUUGGAUCGCCUAUAGCUUCAAGUACAGCCAACAGUAAUAAUUCUCUUAAUACAUCCGGGCCAACGUUGUACGUCAAAGAUGUGUGCAAGAUGAUAAACACUGCAUCAUCCACCAUUUCCUCAGAAAACACCAUCUCACCAAAUGUAAACAGUAACAGUGUAAUAGACAUUACUGGUGGAAAUAGUUAUUCCACAAAUUCAAUGGUCUCAAAGGUACACCUACAAAAUUCAUUACAGUGUACUGCCGAUGUAAACAAGAAUAAAAUCAGUAGUUGCAACAUGACAGUUUCUUCUGGAAUGUUCUUGGCAAGCGAAGGAACAUCAGUCAGCCCUGGCUUACAUACGCAGGAUGGAAUGAUGUAUGGUUCCAGCCCACCACCCGCCAAACGUCAUAAAGGAGAUCGAAAGGAUAUGGUAGACGUAUGCGUGGGAACAUCAGUCGGAACUAUCACAGAACCAGACUGUUUGGGACCCUGUGAACCAGGUACUUCAGUAACGCUUGAAGGCAUCGUUUGGCAUGAAACAGAAGGUGGUGUUUUGGUUGUAAAUGUAACCUGGCGAGGGAAAACUUAUGUUGGUACGCUAAUCGACUGUACCAAACAUGACUGGGCGCCACCAAGAUUCUGUGACUCUCCAACGGAGGAAUUAGAUUCGAGGACACCAAAAGGCCGUGGCAAACGUGGCAGAAGUAGUACAAUGCUUCCAUCUAACGAUCUUAGCAAUUUUACGGAAACUAGAAGUUCGAUGCACAGUAAAUUGAGAAAUGGUGGCUCUAAAGGUCGCGGAGGACGUGGAGGAGUAAUAGAACCGAAUUCGGCUAAGCUUCAAACGGGAACUUCAGGAUCUAAUACGCUUACUUCGGGCAACAGUGCGAGCUGUGCUGUUGCAACCAUUGGCUCCAACAAUACUCCUUCAACAUCGCCGAUAGCAUUUCUACCGCCGCGUGCAGAGAAACGCAAAUCAAAAGACGAAUCUCCAUCUGCGCAUGCUGGUGGUGGUAACUCGGGAGCUGUAUUUAUAACCGGUGGUGGAAGCCUUGCUGGUAGCACCAAUGUUUCUAUCGGAAACAAUGUGAUAAACCCAACAAACGAGACUACGGGAAAUUCCCCCGAUAACGUUUUGAACAGAGGAUCAAAUAGCGGUGGUUGUGGUGAUGGUAUGAUGGCUAGCGGAACUCAGUACGCAAUUGCUGGUCCUGCAGUUGGACUCAGUGUUAAUGUCGGGGGUGCAGGAAUUUCUGUCGGCAAGAAAAGUAAAGUCAGUACGUCGCCAUGUGCUAUUUCACCAGUUCUUUUGGAAUGUCCAGAGCAAGACUGCAACAAAAAAUACAAGCAUGCAAACGGUUUAAAGUACCACCAAAGUCACGCCCACGCAGGCAGUGCAUCAUCGAUGGAUGAAGAUUCACUGCACGCUCCGGAAUCACCUCAACCAACGAAGACACCACCACCGCCUCCAGUUAUUUCUCAACUUGGAGCAGCAGUGGAAACGUGUAGCGGAUCCCAGCCAAAUAUACAGACCGGCAAACUCUUGCUAAAUCCGGAAACUAGUGCGCUGGCGGUCUCCAACAAAAGUGAGUUGGUACUUGCUUUAUCAACCACAACAACGAUCGCCGCAGACCAAACCUCUUCCAAUUCUACUGCUAUUGUUUCAACAGUGCAAUCUGGCAGCGUUCCAUGCACUUCAACUUCGUCUAGUCAAUUAUCACAACAAAGCCUAGGGUCACAACCUUCCCAAAAGAUGUUGACUACAGCGGUACAAGCUACCUGUAACACUAUAGCAAGCAUAAACGAUAGUGAGAGUUCCGUAGCUCACAUGAUAGGAGGCAUUCUACUUCAACCGUCUUGUAAAUCAGCUGAUCAAACAGCAACAAAAACGAAUACAUCUGAACUGAAUGAUAAUAUCGCAAGCAAUGGAUGCGAUAUGGGUAUGAUAUCAUUAAAUGAUGAAGCGGAUGUUUCUGCAAAGUUGGAAAUUGGGGCAGGCUCCAAUAGUAGAUCAUCAGCUAGCGUAUCAACAAUACUCUCAGGUUCUAGUGCCGGUGACGCAAAAACUCCCAGCAACUUUGCGAAACAAAAAAAGAUACGAAAGUCACCCGUUCCUUCUGAAUAUGAUGCAAUGACGUCAUCGGCAAGUAAUCGCACAGAAGAUGUACAAAGUCCUGCGUAUAGUGAUAUCAGUGAUGAUUCCACUCCAGUCACUGACUUGACCGAAAUACCUACAAAUAAUGGAGAAGGCAGUGAGAAAUCAAAGGGACCUCAUCUAACUGAAGCAUCGGUCACGCGAAAAUCAAAUGAACUGUCAGGUGAAGGUGUAACUAGUGCAGCGAAAAGCAGUUCAACAGCAGUUGGUUCGUUGGGGCAAUUGACGGGAUACGGUCUUUACCCAUUCUAUUCUGGUUUGCCGCAUCAACAACCACCUACAGCAGGAGGUUCGUAUAUACAAACGGCCCCAGAUCUAGGUUCAGGUAGAGCUCCUCUUUCGCCUUCAACGACGAUUAGUACAGUAGUAUCGCACAACAUUCCGUCGAGCAUUGCAGGACCAGGAUCGGCAUCAUCCAGUGGCGUAGUUGAAUACAUUAAAAACAAGGAACCUCCUUUGGAUCUUAUCAAUAAACCAGGCGCUGGUUGUUCAUCGCAAAUUUCAUUGCAUCAACAACCAACUGCAUCAGCAUUGCCCACACCACCAACAUUAACGUCUGGAAGUACUCCGCCUAGCACGGACGUUGCACGUGGUACAGCUAUGAAUUCUUCGGUGGUGGGAAUGUCACAUCAAGAUGACAUUAAAGAUGGCUCUAUUUUGAGUGCUGGUCCUCUAUCAACACCUCCUGGAAGUAAAAUGUUGCAGCAUUAUUAUCCCUAUGGUUAUGUAGCGUCAGGAUACAGUUAUCCUGGUCUCGAUCCCGGCUAUGGCCCAUUGCCAGUAAUGACAGAAGAAUCAAAACAUAAUUCGAUUGUCACGGUGAAGGAGGAGCGAUUUAAGGAGAGCCAAGGAACGAGUGAAUAUAACAAACUAGCAUUAACACCAGUGAUGGCAACUAAAAUAAUGAAAUCCGAAUCAUUGAAAGAUAUUAAGACUGAGCCAGUCCUAAGCGUUGGUGCACAUCACGGUUCAGGAUUGCUUACGAAGGAACAAUCGUUAACGAGUCUGAACUCGCAACCGCCACCUUCUCCCUUACCACCCCAUUCGCUAGGACCGUAUGGUAACAUAUUUCAGCGCCACGGUUUAAACGCAGCAUCUCCAACUGGUGGACUACCACCAUCCACUGCCACGCAUAUUUCUACUAGAGAUGAAGAUUUGCGGAGAUUAUUCAGUUACUCUGAACAAAGGCGCGUUUCGUCAGGCAGCGGCAAUGGGCCGCCCCCAGGACAUCCGAUAGCAACAGGUAUUAACCCAAAGGAAGAAUCACAUUCUCUGUCAUCGCAUACGACACAAUCACAACACCAGCCUAUGCUGGCAGUGAGUCAGCCAGGUGCAAAAAGUUCGAAAUCUUCUUCCUCGUCCCUGCAAAGUAGCUCGUCUUCGACUGUCAAGGGAAUGGUGAAAUCUUCUGAUGUUACCAGCAUAAAGCUGCAACAGGAAGAAAAAGAGAGUAAUGUAAAGGUCAAGCAAGAAGGUCAGAAGCCAACAAUGGAAACUCAGGGACCACCGCCACCGCCCACGUCACAGUACUACUCUCCGUCGUUGUACAUGAGCGCAGCACCGUUCGGGUUCGAUCACAAUCACCAGAUGUACCGGCAAAUGUUGGUUUCCACAGCACCCUAUAAUGCGUCUCCGUAUCACUUGCAAAUCCCUCGUUUUAACCAUCCACCGGAGGAUCUUUCGCGGAACCAAAGUACAAAGGCCUUGGACCUUUUGCAGCACCAUGCCAAUCAAUAUUACAACUCGCAUAAAAUUCACGAGCUAGGUGAGCGAGCACUAAAAAGUCCCACCAGCAGCUCAGUCAAAGUAAGCGUAUCUAAUUCCAAUCUCUCCCAGCAAGCAAGCUGCCAAAAUCCUAAUUUAUGCAUCCCUUCGCCAAACAAUAGUAGCACGGGUUUAUCUUUGCAGCAACAGCAAUCUGUUGUUGUCGGACAACAACAGUCCUCUUCUAAUUCAACUGGUAGCGGUGGUGGAAUAGGUACUACUAACGUCGGUGGCAGUGUUGGCUGCGGCGUUGGUAGUGGAAGUGGUGGUGGAGAUAUUGGUAGCGGCAACGGUAGUAGUGGUGGAGGUGGUGAUAGUGCUAUAGGCGGUAGUGGUGGUGGCAGUGGAGCACCUCCUUUACAGCAAACAUCAUCACAGCAGCAAUCGAUUAAUUCUAUAGGAACCCAUAUGCAAGGGUCGUUAGUGAAUAACAAUGGCCCAGCUAGUAGCAAUAGCGGUAGUGGCGUGAACAAUGGCAAUGGUUCGUCAGUUAUUAGUAGUACCGGUGGAAGUGGCGCAAAGGAUUGUACACAUAGCAUGGAUCAUCAUGGUAAUACGAGCGGCAAUAACUCACAGCAGCAGCCAUCGGGAACAAGUGGACAAUCAUUGACUGGUAGUGGCAAUAGCAAUGUAAGAAGUCCGCCACCGCAACGACAUGUUCACACGCAUCAUCAUACACACGUUGGCCUUGGUUAUCCCAUGUUUCAAGCUCCUUAUGGUGCAGUUUUAGCGAGUCCCCAAGCCGCUGCUGUAACCGUGCUAAGUCCAUUCCAAACCGGACCAACAGCGAAAUGAAAGUAAAUAUCAAUACGUAUGUUAAUGAAGCAGAGUUCUUUGCUUUAUGUUUGGCGUUUGUGUGAUAUUAGAACGUACUGUGUACUUACAACUUAGAUGAAGAAUCAGAAAUGUGUUUUCCUUUGCUGUAAAAAGAUAUUAUUUGCGACGGAGCCCUUUACUAUGUCCAUCUUGCCAUAUCUUGCAGGUGUACAAAACAAUUUAAUGAAAAUACUAUGUGGCUAGAACAGUGCCAAGAAAAAUGACAAACUUCGAGAAUAGUCAUCAGAACUCUUGUCAGAUAUCUAAAAAACGGCAAGUAAUUAGGCUAAUACAAGUAUCUCGUAAUGCUGUCACCUUAAAAUUCGCAUUACUCUUACACAAUGUCAUGCCACCAUCAUCAAUGAUACAAAAUGGCACCCUGAAACAAAGCAGAGUUAUGCUUGGUGAGAGGUAAUAAUGUAACUUUCUAAAACAAAGGAGAUAAUUGUGCUUGUAUUAGACGUGACGAGACAGCGUAGAAAAUGUACAGACACAAACAAGAAAAUAACGGGCGCAAAAUAGAAAAUGUGUGGUCUGUACGUAACCAUCUUAUUAUUGGAAUUCGUUGUCGGGUCUAUUUUAACUAUUUCGAGGUAUAUUGCAGUAAAACCAUGUAACAGCUUUUGAAUUGAAUGCUUUAGUAGUGCGGUUGACAUGUUACCUUCUGUCCCGCAUGACGCUUUGCAGGUACAUUGUAAACCUUUUGUAAUAAAACCUGCAUGAGGGGCAGUACGAACACGCACACUGAACAAAAUAACCUUUGGAGUGUAUAUUAUUGUAUAAAGUGUUUUGUAACAACCUUAUCAUUUUGAUUGCGGCAUAAAAUAGAAGCUCUUUUAAAAUAACCAACCGUACUCUUAAAUCCAAAAGCAUAAGAAAAGAGCAGGCCAUGGGAGCAAACAUCAUAAACUAGGAAUCAUUUCAUGUAAAAUAUAUGCAUGCCUUAAGUGUCGAAUAAGAGAAUCUAGAACAUAGAAGCAAUUCCAGUUUUGUGAUUUGACCAUAGCACCAACGAUACGGGAAAUGGAUGAAUUGCUACGAAUAUAUUGGUCUAUAAGCUGAUAAAAAGAAUCACAUUGUAUUCUAUAAAUACAUGGUUUGGGCAUAGGUCAUUCGAAAAAUGAGACUAAUGUUGUUUAAAAAAUUCCAUGAGAUCAAAGAAACAUGUCUCAGUUUACCAUGCUCAAACAGUGGCAAUCUGGGGAAACCGGGUAGUCUGAAUUAAGAUUGUAAAGAAAGAAACGUUAGUCUUUAAAGAAGUCAUGUUAAUUGUACAACAUUACAGCGUAAUACAAUAUGAAACAAAUGUAGAAAUUAACAUUUUUGCGAAAAUUAAAAGAUUUUUUAAAAUGUAUUCGUGAUUAGUUAGCUGCUUUUACAACCAUAAUAAGCGGCCGUGGUCAAUGCGUUGAAUUGAGAUUGUGUUUUUUGUCAGAAUAACAUCAUCUUCAUCUUCGAAAUAUUCCCGAUUUUUGAUCAAGUAUCAUCGUUACUUAAGUACUGGGACGAAAUUUGCCAUGUGAUUAGCACAUUCACUUGAGCUGGUUUUAUUAGCGAUGUAUAGAUUUUGUUCUUAUGCUACUGAAAGAAGUUUCUUUUUCCUCCUUUUUCGGUAUCGGACAUACGCCUACUGACUCCACUUAUAUCUUACAAUUAUAAACGAUACUGUCCAUUAGGGUCAGAUGUAAAUGGAAAAGAAAGUGGAUUGAAAUAUAAGAAAAGCGUGUAAGAGUGCAUAUACAUUGUUAAUUAUUGCUUUGCUGGCUGAAGUGCUAACAAACAUAUUCACGUGAAGUGAGCACUCCCAGUUAUUAGCAAACUAACCGAAUCCAAGCGUAUGUAAAAAAUCGAAUCGAAAUGAAAUCGCUAUUAUUAUAAAUACUAUUCAUUGUAACAAAAAUAAUCAUAAUGAUAAAGCGAGAAUAAAGCGCAAAGUAGGCGUAGGGCAUAGAUGUAAACUGAUGAAGGAAAUGAAAUAUUCUAUAUCUGAAACAAGAUGGAUAUGUUCAUCUGCGGACAUAAAUCCGUGUUGUAUAAACAACAUGCACACAAACUCCCUUUCUCUCUUCACUCACCCCCCCCCCCCCCCACUCCCCCGCCCCC